AUUCCUUUUUCUACAUCUAGCAGCCGUCUACGGUUACUAUUUGUGCGCUUUUCGCCGCCCCCACCCCCUGACUAUUCUCUGGAUGUCAGUCCUAACUUUCGGCAGUGGGAUAGGAGUCACGAUGGGGGCCCAUAGACUGUACUCACACAAGUCAUUUAAGGCCAAAUGGCCCCUCAAAGUUGCAUUAAUCCUCCUACAAACAGUUGCCGGACAAAAUUGCAUGUACAUAUGGGUCAGGGACCAUAGACAACACCAUAAGUACAGCGAUACAGAUGCGGAUCCCCAUAACGCAAACCGAGGAUUCUUCUUUUCGCAUAUUGGCUGGCUAAUGAGUAAAAAACAUCCCGCGGUAAUUAGCAAGGGCAAAACAAUUGACAUGUCCGACCUGGAAGCGGAUCCGCUUGUCUUGUUCCAGCAAACAUUUUAUAAUCCCCUCUACAUAAUUUUUGCUUUGGCGUUGCCAAUAGCUAUACCGGUGUAUUUUUGGGGUGAAACUUAUUGGAAUUCGCUGUUUAUCAGUUAUUUCGGAAGGUACAUGUUACUCCUAAACAUCACGUGGUUGGUAAACAGUGCCGCACAUUUGUAUGGUACCAGACCAUUCGAUAAGAACCUUAAACCAGUCGAAAGUUCUCUGGUGGCGUUUCUAUCGAUAGGGGAAGGUUGGCACAAUUACCACCAUGCUUUCCCAUGGGACUAUCGUGCUGCGGAACUGGGAUCUAAGUACAGUGUGACCACUUUCCUUAUAAAUUGUUUGGCGGCCGUAGGAUUGGCUUACGACUUAAAAACCACCCCCUACAACAUGAUACAAUACAAAGCUUUACGGGUAGGCGAUGGUACACAUCAUAUUUUUGGAAAAAUCAAAAGAAAGAACGACGUUCCUACUAAAGAAAGUUCUGAAGAUAACGCGAAAGACGACGAGUCCAAUAAAAAUCAGUCUCAACGGUUAGUGGAAGCUAACAAGGGUUGAUACUAAAUUAAAUUACACAAGAAAUAGAAAUGUGUCUUCAAAUGAGAGCUUUUUCCUCUACUUCUUUUAUAUUGUGAUAUGAAAAUUAUGUAUAUAUAAUGUACCUUAAUUAAUAAAUGUAAGUAUUUAAAUCAUAUAUUGUGAAAGAUCUUAUUCUAAUGAAUAAUUGUUUGUUAGUCUGUAAUG